UUGAAGAUAAUAAUAUUAUGAUCGUUAUCUUUGUUACAACUGGCAACAAAUUGUAGCACUUUAGUAUAUCUAUAAUAAUAUUAUUACUAUAAUAAUAUUGUUGGUGCUAGUUUUUUUACCACCGUCCACUACAAGUCGUGUUUACAUUCGGGCUUCGUUCGACGGCGUCGUUAAUUAUUAUAUCCUUAAAACUAUUAUCUAGUGAUUAGUCCAGUCUGUCGUGGCACUGUUGAAUAUUUGAGUUGGACAUUUAUUAUAAGUUAUUAUUGUAAUUAUUGAAGAGCAUUAUACAUAAUAUUAAACACGUAAUUAUUACUUGACUACUGGUUUAGUUGUAGUCGCAGCCGUUAUCCUAAUUACAAAUUACAAUAACUUGGGCUAUUUCAAUUUUCAAUACAACAGAUUAAGUUGGUUUUGAAGUUUGUAUUUUUACCAUGAGCGAUAACGACCCAUGCGAAUGUUUUUGGAAUCAUGAGCUAUCUAUGCAACGACUGCUGUCACUGCUACGUCAGUCACAGUCGGCAUGCACAGAUAUUGAUUGCUUGGAACCAGUGCAAAGAUUGGAUGGUCCAUUGGCAUCAAAUAGUGAAGAUACUAAUUUCAUCUUAUUAACUGGAAUUUGGGUUGUUAUUGCUAUGGCUUUGUACUUUCUGCGUCCUAAUCCGGCUCGUGCACAAGAGGAAACUAUAAAAAAAUUACCAUUUGGUGGAUCUGACAAUAAUGGAUCAGAUGAUCCACCAUCGCCACCUCCUCCAUCAAUGGGAGCCCAGUGAUAAUAUGAUAUUUUGACGAUACAUUCUACAAGAAUUUUGAGCUCGCUCAAUCUAAAAUUCCCUUCCAUUAUUCCACAGAUAAUCAUUAUAAUCACAUAGAUUUAAGAACUUAAAAUUUUAAUUAAAGUUUCCCACUUGACUGACAAAAUCCACUGCACUAAAGUGAAACAUCUAUUCAUUGUUUUUAUACUACAAAAAAAUAAAUAUACCUUAACAUUAAACAUGAUAAAAUUAUAUUAUAUACGCACACAUAAGAUAAUUUUUUUUUUCAUCUAUUAUGACAAACAAUGAAAUUAUAUUGGAGAUCUGUGUUAGUUGAGUGGAAAAUAUUAUUAUUAAUUAUUAUACAUUAUAAUAUUAUAUAUUACUUUUAUCAUAUGCAAUAACAAGAAGAGAAUAUGUACAGAAAUGUAUUUAGUAUUGAGUGUGUGAAUUGAUUGAUUUAUUAUAGCUGUUUUAUUUUUAAUUUAA